AUGAUCGCUCUCCAUGACUUCAGGAAGACGCUGGGAGACGUUGCUGUCUCACAAGUCUCGAAGGCAGUCCGCUCAGAUUCGUCACGCGAUUCCAGCGCCGUGAUCUACGAGCUCGGUGAAUAUUAUCGAUACAAACUAUUGCGCGCUUUUCGGCAAGCCAAGGGGCCUAUGCCUGCGCCAUCCCAACAUCCUUCACGCCCUUCGUUCGCGACUCUAGAAGACAUGCUCAAGGAUGCUCUAGAUGGUUCUGGCAAGGAUUACAGGUCGGCUAAGAAGCGAGCACUGGUCCGCGACGGCUUUCGCUGCAUGCUCUCCGGCAUGUACGAUCUGAAUACCGUUGAGUGUAAUCCUGCAGUUUAUCCAGAACACGCUGAUCCCGUUGUCGGGAUAAGAUAUACGAAUUGCUGCCACAUCUUAUCAGAGUCUACAUUGCAAGAUGCCGACCCCGACAACCCGGACCGCGAUAGGAAGAGGGAAUAUGCGGCAUCCGUUCUCGCAGUCCUUCAGUCAUUUGGAUUGGAGUCGCUCGUGAAUGAGGUCGUGAAGAAGGGCUGUGUAUACCAUCUAACCAACAUCCUCACAAUGACCAGCUAUCUUCACGCCCUCUUCGACAAUUUGCACCUUUGGCUUGAGGCAACGAACACGUCGAAUGAAUACAAGAUAUGCCUGUCUAGGAGGGGGCUUGUUAUGCCAUCCGAAUUAAAAGGCCAAACAGUCCGCUUUGAGGCCCAUGUUCCGGAUCGAGAUGAUCUGCCUCUGCCUGACCCUCGACUGCUUGCUAUUCACGCAGCGUGCGCACGUGUUAAUCAUAUGUCAGGGGUUGCCGAGUACGCGGACAAAAGCGAUAGGGACGCCGAGGACAUGCGGGUUCUUGCAGAGGACGGCUCAUCAAGUGCAGUCCUUCUCGAGCAGGUCCGCAAAAUUGCUAUUUCGGCAUCGUAG